CAGGCCGUCUGGGAACACGCCCGCCCUCCCUCCUCUCCAGGAUGAAAGGAACCAGUGAGCACCAGGAUAAGGACAAAAACAAAACAAAACAAAACAAUCCAAAUUUCCCCCAAACGCCAGCCCCGCGAUCCCUGUGUCUUCGGCGCCCCGCGGGCGUGCACUUUGUCACCUGGAGUGGAGCAGGGCAGAGCUGGCGGGACGGGACGGGGUGCUAGACUCGGCGCCACACCCCUAGGAGCUCCCACCCCAGGCAGACCGCCCGGUUCUCCCUGAGAAUCUCAGCAGAAACUUUCCCUGCUGUCCCCCGCGCGAGUUGCUCAGCUUACCGGCGGCCCGGAGGGCGGCCGUCCUUUGCCCUGGAGACGCCCUUCGGGAAGCGUGCAGCCCUGCCCUCGGGGACCUCGGUCCAGCCCGGGAGCAGGCGGAAGAUCCCGACAGUACAGCCUGGCUUUCCUGGGCCGUCUGUGCUUCCUGGAGUUCCAUGGAAAAUGGAAGGCCUCCCGAUCCUGCAGACUGGGCUGUGAUGGACGUCGUCAAUUAUUUCCGAACAGCAGGAUUUGAGGAGCAAGCCAGUGCUUUUCAGGAACAGGAAAUUGAUGGAAAAUCCCUGCUCUUGAUGACGAGAAAUGACGUGUUGACAGGGCUGCAGUUGAAACUGGGGCCUGCUCUGAAAAUCUAUGAGUAUCAUGUAAAACCUCUUCAGACCAAGCAUUUAAAGAACAGCUCUUCCUAGUAAAGUGAAAUCGAGGUCUCAGUCCUCAGAACAGAAUUCACAGUGAUGUAAUUAAUUUCAUGUUGUGAGACUUCACAAACAGAAUACAUACAUGCGUGUACGUAAAGAAUUUCGAUCCUACAAGGUGUUAUCCUAUUGGAUAGGCAAUCCAUUGGCUGGCCUGACUCACCCUGGAGGAGUAAAGACAGAAUGUACACACAAUGGUUAUCCUUGUCACACCAGCUUGUCAUUGACUCUUAGGUACCCCUCCCCUCAGGGGCUUUGAAAUCACAGAAUUUUCCUCGUUUCAACAUAUAUUGUUUUCCAUCAACUCCUUAAAAAAAAAAAAAGAGGAUGGAUGUGGAAUGAGUGGCCUGGGUUAUAGACUUAGAAAUGAGUACACACAGAACUCAGCGGGGAGGGAGACGAGUGAGAGAGUGCUGUCUCCCGUAAAUUGCUCUGCUCCUAGAUGUAUGCUCCAUGGAUGGAAUUGUCAACACCCUUUUUUCUAGAGGGUUCUCCACUUGACCUUCUUAAGGUUUCACAGGGAUGUGCUGUGCUGUGUAUGAAUCAAACAUGCACCAGGCUCCCUUCAGGAACAGAACUCUCUGAGAAGAGAAACUUGCUUUGCACUGGAGACAUCCUUGUAAUCAACUCACUGUCACAGGGGAGAGAAUAUUUCCUGCUUAUGUUGGUUCCUUGUUGCUGAAGAAAGCAUUUAGGGGCUUUGGGGAUUUUGUUUGUUUGUUUUUGUUUUUUACUUUAUGGUUUGUAUUUAUAAUUCUUUCUGAAGCAAUUUGUCAAGAGUUAAUAGAUCCCAAAGCUUUGUUAAUAGCACAGAAUAUUUUUAUAUAUGCAUAUAUAUUCCUCCAGGAUUCUGUAAUAUUUUUUUAAUUGUCCUAUGCUGUGUUUGGUCCCUGGUUUGAGUAUUUGUCUUUCAGAAUUUGAAAAAGUGGACUUCUCUGUUCAAAGAGACAUUUACUGAGCAAUGUUUGUCCAUGCCUUGGUGAGUUGGUGCUUUG